GCGCCGGCUCCUCAGCUGCGGCCCGGGGGCGUGGCAAGGCCCCAGUGCUCCUGUUUUCCCCGGCUGGAGCCGGCUUUCAGUUUCGUUUCCUUCCAGUGGAACAGUGGGGCCGGGCCGGUGAACAAGCCCGUGCUAAGCCUCGGUCCGACGGCCAUGGCCCAGGCCGCGGUGGCGGUGGCGGUGGCAGAGGUGACCCAGCUGCUGUGCGCGGCGGGGGGCGCCUUGGAGUUGGCGGAGCUGCGGCGCCGCUUGCGAACAAGCCUGGGCGCCGAAGCGCUGGAGCGGCUGCUGCGGGACCGCGGGCGCUUCGUGGUGGUCUCGCGGGCGAGUGCGGGCCGGGCGGCGGCGGCGGCGGCGGCGACGGCGGCGGCCGCCUCGGAGCGCGUGGUGCUGGCCGUGUCGUCGCUGCGUCUGUGCCGCGCGCACCAGGGCCCCAAGCCGGGCUGCACCGGGCUCUGCGCGCAGCUGCAUCUCUGCAAGUUUCUCAUCUGUGGCAACUGCAAGUUCCUGAGGGCCGGGAAGAACUGUAGGAAUGGUCACAACUUGAAAACUGAUCACAACCUGAGUGUGCUGAGGACUCAUGGUGUUGACCACCUCACUUAUACAGAGCUUUGCCAACUCUUGCUUCAGAAUGACCCUUCACUUUUACCAGAUAUCUGCCUACACUACAACAAAGGUGAUGGACCCUUCGGCUCUUGCUCCUUCCAAAAGCAGUGCAUUAAACUACAUAUCUGCCAGUACUUCCUACAGGGAGAGUGCAAGUUUGGCACUAGCUGUAAGAGGUCUCACCAGUUCACUAACUCUGAGAAUCUGGAGAAGUUGGAAAAGUUGGGUUUAAGUUCUGACCUGGUGAGCAGGCUACUCACUACUUACCGGAAUGCAUAUGACAUCAAGAAUAAGGGCUCAACCCUCAGCAAAGUGUCCCCUUCUUCUGCAGGUUCACAGGGGACUUCUGAAAGAAAAGACAGUUCAGGUCCUGUGUCACCAGGCACUCCUAGCCAGGAGGAGAGUGAGCAGAUUUGCUUGUACCAUAUUCGGAAGAGUUGUAGCUUCCAAGAUAAAUGCCAUCGAGUUCAUUUUCAUCUGCCAUAUCGAUGGCAGUUCUUGGAUGGAGGCACAUGGAAGGACCUGGACAACAUGGAGCGUAUUGAAGAGGCCUAUAGCAAUCCCAGUAAAGACAGGAUUGUGUACACAGAGGCAGCCGCUGGCUUUCACUUUGAUAAUUUAGACUUUAAUUCCAUGAAGUUUGGUAAUACUGUGGCUCGCCGACUCUCCACAGCUUCUUCAGUCACCAAACCCCCACAUUUCAUCCUCACUACUGACUGGAUUUGGUACUGGAUGGAUGAGUUUGGUUCUUGGCAGGAAUAUGGACGACAAAGCACAGGGCACCCUGUUACCACCAUCAGCAGCAGUGACGUGGAAAAGGCUUACUUGGCAUUCUGUGUUCCAGGGGCUGGUGCCCAGGCAGCCAUCUUGAAGUUCCAGGUUGGAAAACACAACUAUGAGUUAGACUUCAAAGCUUUUCUGCAGAAAAACCUUGUAUAUGGCACUAUCAGAAAGGUUUGUCGCAGACCCAAGUAUGUGUCUCCCCAAGAUGUGCAGAUGAAGCAGUCCUGCAAUUCUAAGUUGCAUGGCCCAAAGAGCAUCCCAGACUACUGGGACCCUGCAGCCCUGCCGGACCUGGGAUUUAAGAAGAUCACUCUGAGUUCUUCCUCAGAAGAGUAUCAGAAGGUGUGGAACCUCUUCAACCGUACACUACCUUUCUACUUUGUUCAGAAGAUCGAGCGGAUCCAGAACCUGGGCCUGUGGGAAGUCUACCAGUGGCAAAAAGGCCAGAUGCAGAAGCAAAAUGGGGGGAAGGAAGUAGAUGAGAGGCAGCUGUUUCAUGGUACUAGCACCAACUUUGUGGAUGCCAUCUGCCAGCAGAACUUUGACUGGCGGGUCUGUGGUCUGCACGGCACGUCCUAUGGCAAAGGGAGCUACUUUGCAAGAGAUGCUGCCUAUUCCCACCACUACAGUAAAUCCGACACGCACUCCCACAUGAUGUUCCUGGCCCGGGUGCUGGUCGGAGACUUCGUCAGGGGCAGCACUACCUUCGUCCGCCCUCCUGCCAAGGAAGGCCAGAGCAAUGCCUUCUAUGACAGCUGCGUGAACAGCAUGUCCGACCCAACCAUCUUUGUAGUUUUUGAGAAGCACCAGGUCUACCCCGAGUACCUCAUCCAAUACUCUACCUCCUCCAAGCCCCCAGCUGGACCCUCCAUCUUUGUUGCCCUAGGCAACUUGUUUACCAGCCGACAGUAAGCAUGGCUAGGAUACAUUAGGCAUUUCUGACACAUAUGUCUGUCUGGUGGAGCUAUUUGGAAAGUCUUUCUUUUUCUUUCUUUCUUUUUUUUUUUUUUUUUAACGAAACUUUUAAUGAACUCUUGUUUAAUAUUGGCUUCUCAGUGAAAUUACAUUUUUUUCUCCCCUAGUGCUAGGGAUGGAACACAGGGCCUUGUGCUUGCUAGAAAAGCACUCUACCACUGAGCUAGCCACACCCCAGCCCUUUUAAAAUGUUUUAAUUAUGAGGCAAUGUUUUACUAAAUUAUAUUCUGCCUCAGUCUCCUGAUCAGCUGGGAUUAAAAGCCUCUAUUACCAGGCCUGACUUGAAGCCACAAUCUUAAUCUUUGGCUGAUAACAGUUUUAGGUUUUAGGUCCUUUUAGGUUGGCUUAUGAUCUUAGCAGUAGUGGUUGUGAGCCCAUGUUUAAUGUAUAAUAAUGUUAGUAUUGCAUUUUAACUCUUUGCUGACUUUGAUGUUUAUUAAGACCAAGCACAGAAUUUAUACAUACAGUUUUAUGGAUUUGUUUUAACUGUUAUAGAGUUUAUGUCUCUAUAACAAUUCUGGUUUGAAGGGUCUUGUGUCCAGUUUGCUUUUGUCAGAGUAGCAUAGUGUCCUUUAUGGAAGGGGAGGGGACUACAGGGACGGCCUCGGCUUCACUGUCACUUUGGCCCUGCUUUGGCACUCACCUGGGCAGUUCUUGAUGUAAGUGAAGCGUGACUCUGCCUGACAGGAAACACACAUUAGUGUCCCCUUAAGUCCUGGGCCUGACCCAUAAGUGCCUCUGCCAAAAUCCCUUAAGCACACUGGUCACCUUCUAGGUGUGGGCUUUAUGUCUCAAUGAGAUUGAAUACCCGUGCUUCAAAUGUCACGUGAGAGUAUGGAAAUAAAAGACUAUUGAAGUAGAUGAA